CAACUUUAAUAGUAAAACAGCUGUAUCACAAGACGGAAAUGUGAAGGAAAAUUUCGUUGCUAUAAAGCAAUACAUACUUAAAAUAAAUGAAAUAUGAACACGAUAAUUGCCUUAACAAUUUAUUUUUCUAUAUGAUGUGAAUUAUAGACUUUUAUUAUGUUAAACAAAAAAAGAGUUAUAGUCUGUUAUUUAUAAAUAUUCUUUUCACUCAUCUAAACUUUAAUUUUAAUUGUAUCGGUCGAAAUCUCAGAGCAGUUUAUAUUUUUCAUUACUUAUAAAUUAGCAGUGAGUAUAAAAAAGGAUUUCAUAAUAUUCAAAUAAUAAUAGAAAUCGCCAUAACCUCUUCGGUGCAGAGGUUAAUCUUUGGGAUCUAAGGUUAUUUUGGUUAUUCCUAUCCUAUGUCCCUUCUGAGGAUUCACUGUCUUUCUUGUCUUUAUGUACCAAAUUUAAUUCAUGCCAUUUCAGUAGUUUAAGUGUGAAGAAGGUUAGAAAGACGUAAACAUUUAUUUUAUUUGUAGGGAUUAUAACACAGAUUAUUUUUUUAAAAGUCCCUAGUUCAAAACAGAUACAGUAAAAAGAAUGUUAGAAAGCCAAGUGAAAAGUGUGGCUAGCAGAAUGAGGGCGUGGCGAGUGCACAGCUAUGGCGGCCUGGCAGAGCUGCAACUGGACAGUGCUCGUGUGCCAGCUCUGAGGAGCACUGACGAUGUGCUUGUUAAAGUACAUGCUGCAUCUCUAAAUCCACUUGAUGUGGCUAUGCUCGGUGGGUACGGGUCGCGCGUGCUGAACGUGCUGCGGCGCGCGGAGAGCGCGGCGGGCGCGGCGGAGCUGAGCGAGCUGCCGCUGGUGCCGGGGCGCGACUUCUGCGGGCGCGUGGAGCGCGCGGGGCCGGCGGCGCGCCUGCGGCCGGGCGCGCGCGUGUGGGGCGUGCUGCCGCCGCACCGACCCGGCGCGCUCGCCGACUACGUGCUCGUCAAGGACCGCUGGGCGGGGCGGGCGCCGCAGUCGCUGGACGAGUGGCAGGCGGGCGGCGCGCUGUACGCGGCGCUGACGGCGUGCAGCGCGCUGCGGGCGGCGGGUGUGCGGGUCGGGGCGCAGGGCGCGGGGGGGCGGGGCACGCGCGUGCUGCUCCUGGGGCUGGGCGGCGUGGGGCAGGCCGCGCUGCAGCUGCUGGUGCACUCGGGGGCGCACGUGGCGGUGGGCUGCGCGGCCGAGCUGGCGCCGCUGGCCGACGCGCUCGGCGCCGCCGCGACGCUGGACCGACACGCGCCCGACUACGACCGGCAGCUAGAUGACGCCGGACCGUACGACGUAAUACUGGACUGCUGCGGCGCAGGCGGGUGGGAGGCUGGCGCGCGGCGCUGGCGGUUCGCGCGCUACGUGACGCUGAGCACGCCGCUGCUGGCGCUGACGGACGCGCGCGGGCUGGCGGCGGGCGCGGCCUGCGCGCUGGCCGCGCUGGCGGGGCAGGCGCUGGCGGCGGCGCGCAGCCCGCCCGCCGCGCCCGCACUCACUGCGCCCUGCCCGCCGCACGUGCGCUGGGCCUAUUUCGUGCCGCGCGCCGAUGACAUUGAGAUGCUGAGGCGCCUCGCGGAACGGGGGAAGUUCAAGGUGCAGGUGGAGCAGGUGUACGGGUGGUGGGACGCGGCGCGCGCGCUGCAGCGCGUGCAGCGCGGCCACGCGCGCGGCAAGCUCGUGCUCGACUUCACCGCGCCCGCCCCAACCGCCCCGCCCGCAGACACCAUCGCGCCUACCUAGAAUAACUCAAGUCUGGCGUUGCGUUCCCACUGGAAUCUAGGGAGUUCAUUUUGAGAACGUUAAUAGUUAGUGUUAUAGUUAUUGAAGUAUUAUUAUUGUUUGUUAAUGAAAAUUAUGUUAUGAAUAAAAAGAA